UUGAUUCAAAGCUUGAAGACUAGCUAAAAUGGCCGAACCACUGAGUAGUCCUGAAGUUGAAACUAGUACUGUGCAGCAAGAGUUGAUCAGAUCAGCAGCGGUCGAAAUUGCGUAUUUAGCGGGUGAUGAUAUUACUACUCCAGAUGUGCAUGGGGCGGGCAUGAAAAUUGAGAGGGCAAGGGAUGCAUACAAAGUAUAUGCAGGGUUUGAAGAGAAGCCUAACAAGGUGGAGAUUUUGAGUUGGUAUUUUUAUGAGUUGUGCUCCCACUUCAUUCAUCUUGUUCUUAUCCCGAUCGUCUUCCCUCUCAUCAUUACCCAAAUCGGAGACGCCGCACGCGACUCUGGGUCUGGGGUGGGGUUAGCCCGCAAGUACAAGGGCGUGGCCGCUUGCACUCACAAGGAAACCAUACUGUACCUUAGACUCACAAACAGGUCAUUACUCUCCAAAUACUCACCUCUAGAGUGGACUUCAAUUUCAUGGGGUAUAGGUCUAGCUCUAGCUGCUCCACUCCUUCACUUUGUCUCCAUCAUCCUUGACCAUGGCUACAAGCAAACCCUCGUUGCCGGCGCCGCAGCAGCCAUCGGGUCCAUCUUCUGUCUUCCAGCUGGCUUUUUCCGAAACAUCUGGCUCUUUCCACCAUACAUUGCCACCAUAGUUUGUGCCAACGUCAUUGCCACCGCCUGCCACACCCGCCACCUCGGCCUAUUGGUCCGCGGUUUCACGGGACCCACUAUCCGAAAAUCCCAAUUCCAAGCCCGAAGAGCAGUCUCCGCCUGGCUUUCGCUCUACGCAGCCGCGGCGGGCUCAUUAGGCUCCGCCGUCUUCUCAUCCUUCACUUACCACAUGCUUAGGGAAGAUGAAGAGUUACUAGGGCUUUGGAUUGUGUCAAUCUUCAGUGGGAUCAUAUGGUUAACUGGGAUAUUCCAUUUCUUUGUGACUAAUAGGCCCUGUGUGAAUCCACCUAUCUCAAAGUCCCAUGCACUUUCAGUCUUCAAGUUUCCUCAUGCAGUUGGAGGACUAAUGGGAACUUUCCUCUCCUCGUUCACAUCAAUGUGUAUUUUCUCAGGGGGAGUGCUUUACCUAGUUGGGCAGCUUUGCUAUGAUCCAAAAGCAUUGCUAUAUUUUUUCCUAACUUACUUCAUCUUCCCUUUGAUUUCUCUCCCAAUGUUACAACCACUGCAGCAUCUCAUCAAGGCGGACGCCAUCAAAAUGCAACUCAUGGGUUUCUUCCUAUCAGCACUCACUUCCGGGUCCGGAUUCUAUUUCCGGAACUCACUUUGGGGGCAUCGUCAUGUCCUGUUCUUCGGUGCGGUUCAAAGCACGUCCGCGGGGCUUUUGCACGCCUUUGGACGGGUUCUGCUGAUGGAUUGUUCGCCGCCAGGGAAAGAAGGCGCUUUCUCUACAUGGCAUUCCUGGAUCAAAGCUCUUGGCACAUGUGCUGGCUUCGCAUUGGCAACGGCAGUCCCAGGAAACCUGUUCACUUCUUUCGGGCUGUCAUUUUUAACCACUGUGUGUGGAGUGGUGAUUCUGAUUUUUGGGAACGUCAGCGAUUAUGGAGGAGCCAAAGCUGCCGGCCAUGUGAGGCACGACAGCGAGCGAGGAGGCUCGCCUGUAAGUGGCCUUGAGGCUGCCUAUGAGACACAAGAACCAGCAGCUGUACACUAAACUAUGGCAGCUCCAGACGUAGUCACAUGAAAAUAAUGAAAUACGUCGGAUGUAAUGUUUUUCUACGCCAUAUUCACCUUCUGCAUGCCAUUUAAGUCGAGCUCUAGGAAAAAAUAGGGAUGUGAAGAAAUUAUUUUCUUUAAAUUUUCAUUCAUGUA